AUGUUCACGUCCACACCAAGAAAAGGUCGUGCCUCUGCCACAACCUCUGCUGCUAUCCCUGCUGCCAGUACCUCUGCUGCUGUCCCUGCUGACCCUGCCACUAUCUCUACUGCUGCUGAUCCUGCCACAACCUCUGCUGCUGUCCCUGCUGCCAGUACCUCUGCUGCUGCUCCUGCCCCUGCAACUUCCGCUGCUGCUGCUGCUGCCACCCCUGCCAGGGGUGUACGAAGGGGAAGAGGCCUCCAGGAGGCUGAUGUUCCACCUGUCGUCGACUUCAACAGGACGACCAUUUCCUCCAGAAACAAUUUUAGGUGGAGCUGUCAACCUCAGCACAGUCAUGCACACAGGAGGUUGUCAAAAACAUCAUGGGAAGAUAUACUCCAGGGCCAGCUCAUGAGGCAAGGGGUGUAG